CUCUCUGUCUAUUUCUACCCACGCAUGUCGCAUUCUUAUAUAUAGAGGCACGGUUCUUCAAGAGGAAAAAGCCACCUACUACUACUGCAACUGCUCUUUAAGCUUCCGCUUUUGCUCUUUGUUUCUCUCUGAAGAAAGGUUUUUUUGUAUGGCCGCCAAUUCGAAGAGUACUCAAGGGAUCGCCAGCUUGGGAAAGCGAGUUUUCACCGAGAUCUGGACCGGUAACUACUCAGCAUCUCGCUCUGCUCCUGCUCUCACUGCGGCCAGGAGCGCAAUACACACAUCCGUUUACGACAAGAACAUUGAUGAUCAGGUUCGGCCAAGUGUGGUCCCAGACGAUGUGAUUCAGCAGCAUUCCAAUAAAUAUUGGGCACCACAUCCACAAACUGGUGUCUUUGGGCCUGCCACCGACUCUCACUUGGCGGCAGGCGGAGAGGGUGGCUUCUCUACCUCAACUGCUAAAAACUCAGUUUUGGAGGAAACGGCCUGGUUCCGCCCCACUAGCCUUGAGGACUUAGAGAAGCCGAACCACGCAUGAGCCUACAUAUAUUAAGCAUAAUAGUCUAUGAAUAAAUGCUACCAAUACUAAAAGGUUAUUAAUGUUGAUAGUGUAAACUGUGGAGUGUUGUGAAAGUAGCUAUAUGCAAACUUACAUAUUCUGUAGUGACCUUUAUGUACUUAUGGUUUUGGAUUAUGUAAUCACCGUAUUAUGUAAUAAAAUACAUGGAUCAGUUUGU